GUAAACGUACUUAUACUAAGGAUAACAAUUUUCUUGAAGAAUUCAAAUUGUCUGAAAUUCAUACAGCACUAAAGGGAGUUUUACAAAUUGAAGAUACCUUUGAUAUUGAUGCAAAUGGUAUCUUAAACGUAUUAGAAAUUCAACUUUUAUUAUCGUUAUUGUUACCAUUUUCAUGA